GUUUGGUCGCCACGUGAGUCCCCAGGUGGUGGCUGUGACACACGCCGCCAGCAUGUCGGCGGCAAGUGCGGCGCGAAAGCGGGGGAAGCCGAACUCAGGUUCCGGGGCGGCUAUGGCGGCCAGCAAGCGGCGGCGAAAGUCGGGACACCUGACCCGAGAGUGGAUCGUGUAAUCCCCAGGCCGAGUCUGCCGGGGACAAGGGCAAGUCCAAGCGAGGCAGCAGAAUGAAUGAAGAGGUCUCCAGCGACUCCGAGAGUGAGAGCGUAGCUCCUAGGAGAACUGAGGAGGAGGAAGAGGAAGAGCUGGAGGAGACAGCGCAGGAGAAGAAGCUGCGUUUGGCCAAGCUGUAUCUUGACCAGCUCAGACAACAAGAGGAGGAGAAGGCUGAGGCCCGUGAAUUCGAGGAGGACCAAGUGGCAGGACGGCUGAAGGAGGACGUGCUGGAGCAGAGGGGCAGGCUUCAGAAGACAGUGGCAAAGGAGAUCCAGGCCCCAGACCCAGGCGACAUUCGAAUCUUACGGGGCCACCAGCUCCCCAUCACGUGUCUGGUUAUCACCCCUGACGACUUGGCCAUCUUUUCUGCCGCCAAGGACUGCACCAUUAUUAAGUGGAGCGUGGAGAGUGGGAGGAAGCUUCAUGUGAUCCCUCGAGCCAAGAAAGAUGUGGAGGGGCAGCCCCCCGGCCACAGAAGCCACGUCCUCUGCAUGGCCAUCUCCUCCGACGGCAAGUAUCUUGCCUCGGGCGACCGCAGCAAACUCAUCCUCAUCUGGGAGGCGCAGAACUGCCGGCACCUGUACACGUUCACGGGACACCGGGACGCCGUGUCGGGCCUGGCAUUCCGCAGAGGGACCCACCAGCUCUACAGCACGUCCCAUGACCGCUCCGUGAAGGUGUGGAACGUGGCAGAGAACUCCUACGUGGAGACGCUCUUCGGGCACCAGGACGCCGUGGCCGCGAUGGAUGCCCUGAGUCGGGAGUGCUGUGUGACGGCCGGGGGCCGGGACGGCACCGUGCGUGUGUGGAAGAUCCCCGAGGAGUCCCAGCUUGUCUUCUACGGCCACCAGGGCUCCAUCGACUGCAUCCAGCUCAUCAACGAGGAGCACAUGGUGUCAGGUGCCGACGAUGGGUCUGUGGCCGUGUGGGGCCUCUCCAAGAAGCGGCCGCUUGCCCUGCAGCGUGAGGCCCACGGGCUGCGAGGGGAGGAGGGCUUGGAGCAGCCCUACUGGGUGUCGUCAGUGGCAGCGUUGCUCAACACAGACCUCGUGGCCACAGCUCCUGUGUGCGCCUCUGGCAGUGUGGCGAGGGCUUCCGGCAGCUGGAUCACCUCUGUGACAUCCCCCUGGUGGGCUUUAUCAAUAGCCUCAAGUUCUCCAGCGCUGGGGACUUCUUGGUGGCCGGGGUCGGGCAGGAGCACAGGCUUGGCCGAUGGUGGCGGAUCAAAGAGGCCCGGAACUCCGUCUGCAUCAUCCCGCUCCGCAGGGCCCCCCAGUCGCCAGCUGCGGGCUCCUGACACUCGCCUCCUGUAUUUAAGUCCUUCCUGGGUCAUACCCUGUCACUGUAGUAAAAGCCUUCUUACCGGGGCUUGUCUCCUGGAGUUCUUGAGUAGGAAGGGCGGAGGGUGCAAGGCCUGGAUUGGAAAGAGCCUGGGGAGGGAGUGACAACGUCAGUUCUGU